AUGUCUAACAAUGGAAACCGUAAAAGAAAAACACUCCCACCAUCCGGACGUCCUGGGAAAGUACGAAAACCUCGCAAGAAUCUUUCAGAAGAUGAAGAUAGCAAUGAUUCUUUAGUAUCAGAUCAAGUUCAGGAACCACAAAGGGAGCCUUCUCCUCUUCCCGAUGAACCAACAGAAAAGUUACCGGAGGAAUUACUAAAGACUUUUUACAAAACCCCUGGUGUAUUGAUGAUUGCUGGUCUCGUAUCCUGGGAUUUAGUGGCAAAAAGAGACAAUAACCCAUCCAAGAAGACACAUCCAAACUUAUAUACAUUCCAUAAGUUUACAGAUCGCAAGUACAGACUAAUAAUUAGUGGUUGCAGUGCUGGUCAUUCAAUCCUCGUCUCUGAAGAAGGAGAAGCCUAUACUUUUGGGCGCAAUACUUGUGGGCAACUCGGCUUCGGUGAUACCACAACCCGCAAUGUGCCGGAGCUGGUGCCCACGCUCAAAGGCUUUAAUAUAAUACAUGCUGCUGUUGGCAGGAACCACAGCUUAUUUGUGACUGAUACGGGUACAGUAUACGCUUGCGGCGACAACAAGAGUGGGCAAUGUGGCCUCGGAAAUACUACGCCGCUAAUACUCAAGCCGACGCGAGUCAGAUAUACUGGUGCUCCAGUAGUGAAAGUCGGUUGUGGUGCGGAGUUCUCCAUGAUCUUGGACUGUAAUGGAGCUCUACACUCGUUUGGCCUGCCAGAAUAUGGCCAACUGGGUCACAACACUGACGGGAAGUAUUUCGUCACAUCCACCAAACUUUCUUACCAUUUCGAGACUGUCCCCAAACACGUUGCUUUCUUUUUUGAAAAAUCUAAGGAUGGCCAUGUGACACCCAUCAAAGAUGUCAUUAUAGUUGAUUUUUCAUGUGGAAAUAAUCAUACGGUGGCGAUAGACUCUCGCAAGCGCGCGUUCAGCUGGGGUUUCGGCGGGUUCGGGCGGCUCGGGCACGCGGAGCAGAAGGACGAGAGCGUGCCGCGCCUCAUCAAGUACUUCGACUCGGCGGCGCGCGGCGUGCGCGCGGUCUACUGCGGCGCCACCUACAGCCUCGCUGUCAACGAGCUCGGUGCUCUCUUCAUGUUCGGACAAACAAAGCGCACUGGUGAAGCUAAUAUGUACCCCAAGCCUGUACAAGAUCUCACAGGCUGGAACAUACGGAGCGUGGGAACAAGUAACACGUCCAUCGUGAUCGCAGCUGACGACUCUCUCAUCGCUUGGGGCGUCUCCCCUACAUAUGGAGAACUGGGUACGGGCGAUAUAAACAAGUCGACUGCUCGGCCCAAGGAAGUGACCCGGAUGGACGGCCUCAACAUAACGCAGGUCGCCAUGGGCUACUCCCACACUCUGCUUCUCUCCGACGACUCAUCUGAAGAAGUUAAGACUAAACUCGCUUCUAUUCCAACAUUUGACCCU